AUGGGGCCGGCGGGGCGCCAGCUCGGAGCCCUGCUCUGGAAGAACUGGCUGUGCAGACGCAGGCACCGGGUCCUUUUCCUCGCUGAAUUCAUCUGGCCAUGCACCCUGUUCAUGAUUCUGACAGUUCUGCGUUUUCAAGAACCUCCCAGACACAGAGACAAUUGCUACUUGCAGCCCCGGGACCUGCCCAGCGCGGGUGUUUUCCCCUUCGUCCGCGGCCUCCUCUGUAACACCGGGGCCCGAUGCAGAAACACGAGCUACGCCGAGUCCCCGGGGCCCGGCUUCCGUUUGUCUAGGUUCCAAGCCAGAGCUGUACAUCACACCAUCAACGACUUGGUCUUCUUACAAGAGAUGCAGGACCUUGCCGAUGAAAUUUGUGAAUUGAUGGACAAGGCAACAGACUUAAAGAAAGUUUGGGUAGAAAGAGCCAAGACUCCAGGUUCUUCUCCUGGCUCCGGUUUUCCAACACUGGAUCUCAACAAGACGGAGGCGGUGAUCUCGAAACUGGAAAGCCUUCAGCAGCAGCCCCAGGUCUGGGAUUUUCUGCGUUCACUGCCCAGACUGUCCGCGGACGAUGCCCGCGCUGAGGACGGUGCCCGCAGCGGCGUGCUCCUCCUCCGGGUAGCCUUGAGCUCCUUGGCGUCCCUGGAAGACCUCGACUGGCUGCAGCUCAACCCCACUUUCUCCAGGGCUUCCGGAGCCGUGCUGCACACCACCCUCUCGGCGCUGACCCUCCUGCAGGGACACGGCGCGGCCACCGGGCCGGGGUACCGCCUGUCCCUGCGCAGCGUGGUGUGGGACCCUCCGAAAGUCCAGGCUGACCUGAAGUCCCGAUUUGGGCUUGACGACCUUCAUGCGGAACGCGUCCUGAACUACUCAGCGGAGCUGAAAGGGAUUCCCACAGACAGUUCGCUGGAGCAGAUGGUGUGUUCGGUCUUGUCCCAAACCUCCGAGGACGAAGCUGACAGAGAGGGUCACCCUGGAGACGGUCACGCCAGGUGGUCAGCGGCCAGCACCUAUCUGGUGCACGCGGUCAGCUGGCCGCGGGUCUGCAGACAGGUGCUCCAGCAGGUGCUCACCAGGGCCGGCCACCGCCUGGAGGCGCUCGGGGGCCCACCGGAAGGAGAGAGCCUGCUGCCCCGGUGGGCGGUGGAAACUCUGCGGGCCGGGCAGCUCCUGCUGGAGGGCAUCGCGGGCAUCGGGGGCAUCGCGGCCGCAGCCGGCCCCGGCGGCCGCGCACCUCCAGACACGGCCUCACCACCCGCAAAGGAACAGCAGCUGAUGGAGCAGAAGCUGCGCCCCCUAGAGGACGAGCGCAGGGGCUUCCUGGUGUCGUCUGAGGACUUAGGGGAGCCGUUGUUACUGCCUAACCCUUCCGCCUCCUCCGGUGGCCCCACGGAGACUCUUCCACACACAAGGCAUUCGAGGGUGAACCGCGUAAAGAGGACUGCCACUCAGAAGGUUUCGGAAUUUGGCCAAGAGAUGAUUGAAGAGAUACCAAGUCUGGAAAAGAAGGGACUGCACUCUGUUUUGAGAUUUUUGGAAACGGCACUUUCUGGAAGUGACCCCAAGCCCCUGGCACGGUGGACGCGUGGCGUUCCCGACGGCGGGCGGGGCGACCCGGAAACCUCGGCUGCACGUUCGGAUGUCUCCGUCGCAGCGCACGAGGGGACUCUCAGUAAGAGCUUCAACUUGUCCCAGCUGUUUCGCUCGGAUGGGCCCACGUCGCCGGCGGGGAACCUGGAUUUUGUUCACCUGAGUGGAACUGUCAUCCACAGUCUCCGUGAACUUGGGUUUCUGAGGCAGGAGCAAGUCUCCGAAGCUCUGGACAUAGUCCGCGCCGUGAGGAACGCGUCUGGUCUCCUCUCAGCCCUUUCUGAACCGCAGAGACGGGACGUCGAGGACAUUCUGACGCAUAUGCAUCUAGAUAUCUUCCAGGACAGAGAGUCGGCUUUGCUUCUGCAGAUCUGUUCUCUGUUUCACCAAUACGUCGAUCAGUUUCUGGGCUUUCAGAGGGGAGAGUCUCCACUCUCUCUCCUGACUCGAACCUCAGAGCAUAUCUUGGAGCUCAGAAAGCAAUUUAGUUUUCAAAACCUCAGCAGGGCAUUUGCAUUUUUAUAUGAGACAACAGAACUUCUUGGGGGAAUUUCGGAAGCAGCUCCUUGUCAGCAGUUGCUUUCAAUUUUCAGUCUGUUGGAGCUUCAAACCCAAUCCCUGAUGUCCACAGGGGUCCCAGAACUGGAAGUCGUCAAUGCCACGCUGACCGGCCUCAGGCAGCGGCUCCUGGUGGACGGUGACGGGCGCACUUCCUUAUUUCAGUACGUGCACCAGCUCCUCCGUAGCUCAGCAGGAGCCCUGCUGGACAACGGUUGCUUCGCUUUGGGUAAUGAAAGCGCUUCUGUGAAUCACUCAGGAGCCGAGGGGCCUCCGCAGACUCCUCCGUGGGCGCACGUUCUGGCGAGCCUCUCCGCAGACGGCAGCGUGCCCGGUGGGCUGACGGCCGUUCGCUGCUCCAUUUCGUGGCUCCAGACGUGGACUGGCAUCUGGAGGAGCAUGGCUCAGAUGCUGAAGCUGGACGUGGAUGUUCUCGCCCCUCUUCACGUCGGUCUCACCCAGCUUUUGGGUGAGCUGGAGAGUGACGCGGAAACUUCCGAAAGCUGCCAGGGAGUGUUUCCCAUCCAUCGCCCCGCUAGGCUCAUAAUAGACCUGCUUGGAAACAUCACUCAGGGUGGCGGCAUCCAUGACCGGGACAGUUUUCUGAACCUCAGGGCGCUCUGGGGAGCCUUACAGGACACGUUAGUCAGAGUGAAGUCACUCCGCUGGGACCAGGUGGAGAAGUCCCUGUCCGCCAUGGACACCGCCCUAGGCCGGCUGCAGGCAUUUCUGCUCAACACGCGCGCGGGAGGGGAGUUUCUGUCCUCUCUGCUCGGCGUGUUGGCGUCAGGCAGCGCCUCGGAACACAGAGGCAGACACGUGCACCUGACAAACCUCCUCCUUUCACGGAACCUCACGGAAGGACACACUGGGGGCCUCACCGCUGACCUAAGAGAAACAAUAUUAUUUCUUAGAAAUGUGUCCCGUGACCAAGACUUAUUGUCCUGUGCUGACACUUUCCAAAAUAUGACCGAGCUUAUGUUGGAAGGUGGCUCAUUGCCUGCAAACACCUCACGGAGGGCGCUACGUGUUCUGGCCACGUUGAACUCCUCCCUUUUCUCCGAGCGCGCCGUGCGCGGCCUGAAGGUGUGCAUCGAGUGGGUGGGCGGCCCCAGCCACGCGGACGCCACCGGUACCCACGGUUCUGCACAGGGCCGUCUGCGGGGCGUGCUCAGGCGCGUCAGGGAGGUGGAAAGCGGCCUUAAUUCUACACUGAAGCUUGUCACUUGGCUGUUGAAUACCAUGGAGUCUGAUUGUGUGGUGCACAAGUCAAACAUAAACUGUGUGAAUAUUUACCUAAAAAACGCAACUGACUUUCUACAUGUUAUACUCGCUGCCGUCUUUGAAAAAGAAAAGGCACCAACAUUUGAGAUUUUAUUAACUCAUCUAAACGAUUCCACAGACCAAGUGAGGAUGCUCAUCAGUAACUUAACGAGAGACUUUGAAUCUGCAUCUCAGUCCAGUUGGACACAUUUCAUUGAGUCAAGUCUACGGCCCGUAGAAAUGUCAGGUGAAAUUCCUGGCCAAUUUCACAACGUUUGGCAGCACGUCGUCGCUCUGGGGAAAGACAUUCAAGAACUUGCGAAAGAUAUUUUCCCUGCCCUUCUGGAAAAUAACGUCUCUUCGGAAGCUGAAAAGCUUUUAAAUCUAUUCACUACCGGUCCCAAAGAAGAGGCGAGACAUCGCCUAGACAGUCCAUUAUUUCAUUUAGCCCGUUACCUGGCCUUCAACUUAUCGCACGAUCUCCAAAAUCCACGCCAGACAAGUCCCCGUGAAAUACUGGCAGCAGUGAGUCUCGGCUCUCAGGUGGUUAGGGAUGUGCUCAGCGCCCUAGCGCCUUCCGUGCAGCACAGCAACCCAGAGGAUCCGGGCAGCGGUCAAGUUCUCAAGAAGGCGGCCGCUCUCCUGCUCGCCCUGAGGAAGACGGACAUAGACCUCCUGGGAGACCAACUGGAACAAGUUGGUGAAAGUCUGAUGGAUUUUUUAAAGAAUGUCAGUCGAUUAGGGACUGGCAGCCGGGGGGUCCACUUGCUUGUGGGCUUGAUGGAAAAGCUUGCAGACAGCUUCCGUUCCUGGAACGUGAACCACCUGCUGAGGCUGUCUCGCCUGUUUCCCCGCGAGGACGUGGACGCCGUGGUGGGUCUGUACUAUGCCCUUCCUCACGCCGUGAGGCUCCUGCACAGAGUGGUGGACGAGAAUGUCACGGAAGCCCUCCAGGACAUCUACAGCUUCAUAGUCCUUCACGGCACAGGCACCUCUCUCGUCACCAAGGAGGACUUGGCUGCUGUGAUGAAGACCCUUCUGGACACCGUUGAGUUGGUGUCUGACAAGCCCAGUGUUCUUGCCGAGGCUGCGACUUGCCUUCCUGUGGUUUGGUGCCGGAGUCACACCACGUCUGGAUUUCAGCAGGGUCCAGAGUUAGAAGCCUGUAACGGCCACUUCUACAGCCAAGUGGCCAGUAUUCUUGGCCGCCUCCACCUGUCUCCCCGAGGCGACGUUUCACAAUGUUCCAACGGAAGCGCGCCGAUGGAAGUCACCAGGGAAAUGGUCUGUGUCGUCCGUGAGCUGGUGGACUGGGGUUCCUUUCUCCUGGAGCUGUCCGAAGUCUUCCGUGUGAAUUCUUCACUCCUGCGAGCGGUGCAGGGGUGGUGGCGUAAGGUGCUCCCCUUCAUCCCGGCGCCCGGAAAUCAGAGCACGGGCAGCACCCCCGGACUGUGUCCCCCUGGUCCCAUGAAGCAAGUUGCUUUGCAAAUCAUAGAAACAUUUAAAGAGGUGAAUUUCUCAAAAGUUGCAUCAGAUGAAAACAUUCUUGAGACACUAGCUACUUUAAACGAGACUCUGAACACUGAAGGCGCAGAGGCAGCCCUUAGACAUCUUCCCUUGACGAUGGAAAGGAGGAUAGAAGCGCUCUCUGGGGAUCGGAGCCUGGAAAAUAGUGCUCGCUCUCUCGUCUCCCUGCUGGUGACGCUUCUGAACGCAGACCGUGCGGGUGGGAGUGUGGACGUGCUCUCACGUUUUGUUAGACAAGGAGGAGCCACUCACAUCGUUGAAGAUCUGUGGCGUGAGUCUGAGCAAACCGUCAAAGAUCCAAACCGUGGCUCCAACAGCAGGACCCCGUUCUCCGACAUUAGCAAAGAAAUUCCGGCGGUGAAUCCCGGGGCUCUUCACAACAUGACUCUGCAACUUGCCCGCUUAUUGGGAAGCCAGAAUUCAUCACCACCGCAGGCGUCAGAAAUGACCGAAGGUUUUCUAUCGCUCACGAAACGCUGGCUUCGUAAAUAUGCGAAUGAGAAAUCCUCCAAAAUGAGUCAAACGUUAUUUCUUCUUAUGGCCAAUGAGAGUUCAACGGAUAAGGGAGCUUUGUUGACCAAUAUUACUUCUCUUUUGGGUGAUCUCAAAAACAUUUCCAGAGAAGGUCAUUCUCAUGGCGACCUUCUUGACCAAGAACAGCCAACGAACUUCUCAGUGGUUCAGUUGCUUUUAAAAAGCUUCCUGGCUAAUGCGAUCAAUAACUUAGCUGUGGAUUCUCACGAAGCAGCCUGGAAUUUAAGUGACACCGACUUUCAAAUCAUGCAUUUCAUUAACCUCACCUUGGACCAGACAAAGUCAGAAAAGGGCGAGAGAUUACUUCUCCCUCCCGGAAGCAGGGUGGACUUCAUGGAGCGGCUUCUGAAGACAUUCUUCACCUUUUUGGAGAAGGAAAGUUCUGAGAACAGAGUGUCUCUGCUGACAGGGCUCUGCCGUGACGUUGCCGCAGGGACGAGCUCGCCGCCGACAGGGCUGGAUUCCGGGCCCGGGGAGCCGCCGGCAGCCGUCGGGACGCUGGUUCUGCGUGCGCUGCUCCUGUUGGCAGAAGACCCAUCCUGGGCCGAGGAGGUUCUGUGUGCCGCCCUGAGCCGCGGGCCCGGGCGGGUAAGGCGGCUGGUGGCGUCCGCUCUGCAGGGGGUCACUGUGCUGCACAGCCUCUACCAGGAGCUGCAGGAGCCCUGGUUCUGGCCCGGCCCGCAGACUUGUGCCCGUCUCAGCAGGAAACUUGCCAGCGCCUUGGAGCACUUGCGGAGCCGCCUGGCGAGCGCCAGGGCCCGGGAGGGUGCGUGUCCGCCCGCCUGGGCCCCGCGGCGCCUGCGCAGGUUGACCCAAAACCUUGAAAAGAUUUUGCUUCCUGGGAACUCGGUCGUGGCGUUUCUCGGCAAUUUCUCAGUGACUGCGGACGUGAAGGUGAAAGACCUGAUGAGGAACGUCACCGAGCUGACCGGGGAGCUCCGGUCCGUCCACAUCUCGGAGGGAACCAUCCACAGUCUUCUGGAAGCAGACAUUUCCCACUCACAGGUCCUGUCCAGCGCCCUGGUGGCGGCCCUGUCCGAGAGCUGUGGCCGGGACGUUCUCGGGCUCCUGCUGGCCUUUCCCGAGGGCAGAGAGGCUCAGUCGGCCACGGAGGAGCUGUGCCGCCUGCCCGGGGCCGCGGUGUACACUCUGCUCCUGUCGAUGACUCGGAACCUGGACCUGCACAGCCUCGUCUACACGGCUCUGAUGCCGGCGGAAGCCAACCGUGUGCUCAGCCCCCUGCUGGACGUGGUCUCCAGGCUUAGCCGCCUGCUCCCCAGAGCCAGCCGUGUCCUGGAAGACCUUCCCGAGUUUCUGGACGCGCUGCGGGUCACAGCCUGGCUGGAUGUGCCCGACGUGGAGCAGGCUCCACACGAGAACUGGACCAGAAGUUCAGCCUUUGUUUCUUUCGGGUCUAUGAUGAAGAUGGUUCGCGAAGAGCAAGACUCUCUGAGCAGCUCCAAAGUGUUUCUGAACUUGCCCAGAAUUAACGAGCUCUUGGGGGAUGACAGAGAAAAGCUCAACAUUCCUGAAGACUCCACUCCAUUUUGCCUGAAGCUCUAUGGGGAAAUUCUGCAGUCUCCAAACGGCGCUUUGGUGUGGUCCUUCCUCAAACCAAUAUUACACGGAAAAACACUGCACAUGCCAAACACCCCAGAGAUCAACAAGGUCAUUCACAAGGCUAAUUACACUUUCGUUUUUGUGGACAAGCUAAGGACUCUAUCAGAGACAUUGCUGAACUUAUCCAGCAGUUUUCAGAGCAGUGGGCAUGGCCGGGCACUCGAGCAGCUGCAGGAAGUCCUGAGAAACAAGUUCGUGAGACACUUUGUGGAAAGCAAGUUAUACAUCGACAUAAAAAAACUGAUCGACAAGCUGCAGACGUAUGGGGGGAGCCUCGGCCACAUGCUAAGCUGCACAGGUGCUGCCCGUGUCCUCUCUCUGGGCCACAUCCUGGUCAACCUGUCCUCCUGUGUGCUGCUGGACCUCCAGGGCAUGGAGUCUGUCACUGGCCUGGAGGCUGCGGCGCACCUGCUCAUGCGGGAGAACAGUUUCCUGGCCAGCGGCAUCUUCAACAGCUCCUCUGUCAGCAGGGGCUCCGGAGCAGAUGCCCCCCGCCUGCCACCCCACGUCUCGUACACCAUCCCGACCAGCGUUCUGUACAGCAUGAGGACCGACCUGGUGAAAAACCUGUUCUGGAAAUUCCAUCCUCAGCACCUGCCCGCCGAUGGGUUCAAGUACAACUGCAUCUUCAUCCCGCUGCAAGACAUGGUUGAGAGGGCUGUCAUCCAGGUGCAGACCAGGCAGGAGGCCAUGGGCCCAACCGUGCAGACACAGGUGACCCCGUACCUGUGUCACAGCAGCGACCUAUUCCUGAACAACGUGGGCUUCUUUUUCCCCCUGAUGCUGAUGCUGACGUGGAUGGUGUCCGUGGCCAGCAUGGUCCGAAAGCUGGUUUAUGAGUGGGAGAUCCGGAUAGAAGAGUACCUGAGGAUGGUGGGGCUGCAUCCAGCCAUCAGCUUCCUGGCCUGGCUCCUGGAGAAGCUGGUGGUGAUGAGCAUUGGCAGCACCACCCUGGUGGUCAUUCUGAGAGGAAGCGGCAUCUUCCUGCACAGCAGUGCCUUCACUGUCUUCCUCUUCAGGCUGGAUUUCCGGGUGUGGGUGGUCAUGUUGAGUUACUUCCUGAGCGUGUUCUUCAGCCAAGCGAACACAGCUGCCCCCUGCACCAGCCUGUCCAUGAUCAGCUUCCUGCCCUACAUUGUCCUCUUGGUUCUGCACAGCCAGCUCGGUGCUGCGGUCCAGAUGCUGCUGUGCCUCCUCUCCACGACCGCCUUCGGACAAGGAGUGUUUUUCAUUACAUUCCUGGAAGGGCAAGAGGCAGGCCUCCAGUGGGGCAACCUGGACCAGGCUCCCGAGCAGGUGGGCAUGAUGUUCGGCUGGGUCUGCUGCAUGAUCCUGCUAGAUUCGGGCCUUUAUUUUUUAUGUGGCUGGUACCUGAGCAACCUGACUCCUGGAGCUCUGGGCACCAGCGAUUCGUCGCCGGCCCGUGAGCGGCCAGCUCUGCAGAACGCCCUGCUCCAGGGAGGGGACACCUGCCCUGUGCGGCCAGCUCUGCAGAACGCCCUGCUCCAGGGAGGGGACACCUGCCCUGUGCGGCCAGCUCUGCAGAACGCCCUGCUCCAGGGAGGGGACACCGGCCCCUGGUCGUCCCCACCCCUCGGGAAGGGGCAGCGGGAAGGAGUCACCCUGGUGUCCAUGACCAAGGAGUACCCACCCCACAUGGCCUUUCGAGACCUGACGCUCAGCUUCCACUGAAACCAGAUCACCGCCCUGCUGGGGGCCAACGGCGCAGGGAAGACCACCCUCAUAUCCCUGGUGACCGGGCUGCACCCUCCCACAUCGGGAAGCAUCCUGGUCAACGGCAAGAACCUGCGAACAGACUUAUCCGAGGUCAGAAGGGAGCUGGGGGUGUGUCCUCAGCCGGACGUCCUGUUUGACGACCUCACUGUCCAGGAGCACCUGCUGCUCUUCUUUGUCAAGGUGCCUCAGGGGACCUGGGCGGAGUGGCGGCAGCAAGUCAGUAAAACUCUGCGGGACGCGCAGCUGGCGCCGCACCAGCACACACCGGCCCGCGCCCUGUCCGGAGGCCUGCGGAGGAAGCUGUCCAUCGGCGCUGCGUUCCUGGGCUCGUCGAGGACCGUGGUGCUGGAUGAGCCCACCAGCGGGGGACCCUGCUCCCGGCGCGGCCUGUGGGACAUCCUCCUCCAGGACCGCGCAGGCCGCACGAUCAUCUUCACGACCCACCACCUGGACGAGGCGGAGGCGCUCAGCGACCGCGUGGCCGUCCUGCAGCAGGGCCAGCUCCGCUGCUGCGACUCCCCGCUCGGCCUGAUGGAGGCCUACGGCCAGGGCCUCAGCCUGACCCUCACCAAACAGCCUGCUGCCCCGGAGGUGGACGGCCUGAAGGACACGGUGCGCACCACGGCGCUGGUGCAGGCCCACGUCCCACGCGCGGUUCUCAAGGACAGCAGUGGGCGUCAGCUGCGCUACGCCGUCCCCAAGGACACCGACCCCGCCCGCUUCCCCGGACUCUUCCGGGCCCUGGAGCAGGACCAGGGCCGCCUGCACCUGGCGGGCUUCGGGCUCGCAGACACCACUUUGGAAGAGGUGUUUCUGAGGCUUUUGCAAGAUUCCGGAAAGCAGUCUGAUGUCGCCCCAGGCACGGGGGUGGAGCCGCAGAGCCUCAGGCCUCCCGGCUGCUACGGGCCCAGAGUGGAGCCCAAGGACCAGGCCGUGGUCACGAGUGGGGAGCAGCAGACAGACUCCGAACCCCACUCCCGCCCGGCCCUUGCAACUCCAGAGGGCGCUCAGGUUUGGAACCUGAGUCAGGUCCUUCGGCGGCCUCAGGAGGCCCUGUCUGCGGUGCGCUUGGAAGAGAACCCGACCUCGGUGUGUGCGCGGCCGGCCCAGGAGCUACGCAGUCGCACGGGUGACCACCGAGGGCUCGUGUUUGGUCAGUGGGGCGGCUGGGGGCAUGCGCCUGUCGAGAACGACCCGUGGACUGUGGCCAGGCAGGGCGGCCGCUCCCGAGUCCUGGCCCUCGCCGGCGCCCCUGCCAGGACCCUCACGCAGGCGGCUGCCCUGCUGACCAGGCGGCUGUGCCGCGCGCGCCGGGCCUGGAGAGGCACCCUGUCACACCUGCUGCUGCCCGUGCUCUUCGUGGCCUUGGCGACCGGCCUGUUCAUGGUGCGGCCCCUGGCCAUUGACUACCCUCCCCUGAAGCUCACGCCUGGCCAGUACGAGGAGGCCGAGACCUACUUCUUCAGUGAGACCGGCUCCGUGGACCUCGCCCGCCUGCUCCUGCGGAAGUUCGGGGACAAGGGGCUGCUGUGUGCCGACCACCCGGACCGGGGGAAUGCUUCCUGUUGGCACACCGGUCCCCGGUCUCGCCCGGAAGUCCAGGGCUCCUGUGGCUGUGCGGCCUGUCCCAACGUCAGCGCCGGGCCUCCCUACCUGACCAGCGCCCUGGGCCACACGCUGCUGAACCUGUCGGCUUUCCGCCUGGAGGAGUACUUGCUGCUGCCAAGUGACAGACCCAGGCUUGGAGGGUGGUCUUUCGGAGUGCGAGUCCCGGGUCCCGUUCCGGACGCGAAUGCAAGCACAGCGACACCAGAAACGCUGGCCAAGGUGUCGUAUGAGCAGAAGGGCUUCCAUUCCCUCCCCUCCUACUUGAAUCAUCUAAAUAACCUCAUUCUGUGGCGGCUCCUGCCCCCUGCUGUGGACUGGAGACAGUACGGAAUGACACUGUACAGCCACCCGUACGGAGGGGUCCUGCUGAAUGAGGACAAGAUCCUGGAGAGUAUCCGGCAGUGCGGCGUGGCCCUCUGUGUCCUGCUGGGCUGCUCCGUCCUGUCCGCGUCCCUCGGGGGCUCCGUGGUCAGGGACCGGCUGAGCGGCGCCAAGAGGCUGCAGCACAUAAGCGGCCUGGGCUACGGGACCUACUGGCUCACCCACUUCCUGUGCGACAUGCUCUUUUACUUGGUGUCCGUCGGCCUGUGUGUCGCCGUCAUCGCGGCCUUCCGGUUGCCGGCGUUCACGUUCCGAGAGAACCUGGCGGCCACGGCUCUCCUGCUGGUGCUGUUCGGGUAUGCGACCCUCCCGUGGAUGUACCUGAUGUCCAGAGCCUUCUCCAGCUCGGACGUCGCUUUCAUCUCCUACGUCGCGCUGAAUUUCAUCUUCGGGCUCUGCACCAUGCUCAUGACCACCAUGCCCCGGCUGCUGGCCAUUGUCUCCAAAGCGCAGCAUCUGCAGAACAUCUACGAGGUCCUCAAGUGGACCUUCACAAUUUUCCCUCAGUUCUGCCUGGGCCAAGGGCUGGUUGAGCUCUGCUACAAUCAGAUCAGGCAGGACCUGACCCGCAGCUUCGGCAUCGAUGCCUACGAGAGCCCCUUCGCCAUGAGCUUCCUGGGCUGGGUCAUGCAGCUGGCCUCACAAGGCACCGUGCUCCUCCUGCUCAGGGUCCUCGUGCACUGGGACCUGGUGCAGAGGGCCAGGGGUCGCUCUGCCUUCCAAGGCACCGUCACCCCUUGCGGGGACUCGGACGUGGAGAGCGAGCAGAUGCGGGUGCUGAAAGGAAGGACGGGCGGAGACCUCCUGGUGCUGUGCAACCUCCGCAAGAGCUACGGGGGCCGCCGGGGGGCCGAGGCCGUGCGCGACGUGAGCCUGGGCGUGCGCAGAGGGGAGUGCUUCGGGCUCCUGGGGGCCAGCGGGGCCGGGAAGAGCACCACAUUCAAGAUGCUGAGCGGGGACAUCGCGCCCACCGCAGGACACGCUGUCGUCAGGACCUCCUCAGGGGAGGACGUGGCGCUGUUUUCCGCCGGAGCGGCAGGUGUCCGCAUUGGCUACUGUCCGCAGCAGGACGCCCUGGACGAGCUCCUGACCGGCUGGGAGCACCUCCGGUACUACUGCAGCCUAUGUGGGAUCCCAAAGCAACACAUCCCAGAGGUCGCCGGGGACCUGGUGAGGCGCUUACAGCUGGGAGCCCAUGCGAACCAGCCCGUGGCCACCUACAGCGGCGGCACCAAGCGGAAGCUGUCCACAGCCCUGGCCCUGCUGGGGAGGCCCGACCUUCUCUUGCUGGACGAGCCCAGCUCGGGGAUGGACCCCUGCUCCAAGCGGUUCCUGUGGAGGGUGCUAACGGAGGAGGUUCUGGAAGGCUGUGCCGUGGUGCUGACCUCCCACAGCAUGGAGGAGUGUGAGGCCCUCUGCACGAGACUCACCAUCAUGGUCAACGGCAGCUUCCGGUGUCUCGGCUCCCCCCAGCACCUCAGGGACAGGUUCGGUGCUGGUUACGUGGUCCGGGUGGCCUGUGAGGAAGGAAGCGCGGCCCGCGCCGUCUCCGACUGCCUCGGGCUCCACUUCCCGGACGUCCGGCUGCAGGGGCAGCGCCUCAAUGUGCUGGAAUAUCACGUGCCAAGGAGACGGGAUUGCUUAGCCGACCUGUUCAGAGUCCUGGCGGACAACAAGACCGCGUUGAGCAUCAGACACUACUCCAUCCAGCAGCCCACCCUGGAGCAGGUAUUUAUUGAUUUUGCUGCUGAGCCCCAGCCGACUCCACGGGCCGCUCCGGGUCCGGCCACCAGCAGCCACCGGCCACACGGCCUGCCCGUCUGA